AUGUUCGAAGAAGCAUUAGUACACCUGAGAACGCGACUAACUAGACGCUGUGCAAUGGUGGCGUUCGUAGAAAUCGACUCCUCAGACUCCACUAAUGGUAACUUCUUUCUUUCCUACAGUUCAUUCACCACUGCCUGGAACUGUCUGAUUUCUCUACGCUCUCCCUUUUCCUAUACUCUCUAUUUUCUGUUUUAACUAUCUUGCCAGUGAGAGUAAAGAGAGCGCAGAGAGGUCAGACGGUUCGAUUCUAUAUGGUUAUUUUCUUUUGUGGCCGGUUGAACUUUUGAUGAAAACUUACUGAAAUGUACUAUAAGACCUCCUCUUACCAGAACACGGAGACGAAGGAAAAUCUUUUUCGAUGAACUUGUUAAACCGACUUGAAAUAAGAAACUAUGCUAUUUUGGAAAGAAAGUUUUGGUCCAUUUCCCAAUGUCGAUAGAUUCCUCCUAGGGAAUUUUUGGCAAAAACGAAUUUCUUCAAAAAGUUUCGAACCCCGGGCCAUAGACACCGCGGUGCAAGGACGCUAACCACUACACCACGCUGCCAACUGGAGUAGAUGGCUCGUACGCCGGCCACAUUCCCUCUUGCCUUGCAGAACUUACUCAGCGUGCAAACUUUGAAGCUUCACCACUUGAAAACGAGAUCUAUUGGGAGAAAUUUAAAUCGUGUUCUGGAAAGAGGAGGUCUUAAAGUAACAUUUCAGCAAAGUUUCAUCGAAAGUUCAACCGGUCACCAAACAUUUCCCUUGUUAGCAAAAAAAAACCUACUAUUAUUUUUUUGUCCUACUAUUAUUUUUUUUCUUGUGUAUUGUGAAACUAGUUCAGUUAUCGGAUUUCUCAGAGCCUUUUUUUCAUUAUAAAUCCCCCUGAAAUGCCGCAAAUAACUUUAUUCAAAAGCCCUGAAGGGAGAAUUCAUUCCCCGCAUUAGUGACAAUUCAUAGAUGCAACUGGAAAAUACUUUUUCGGAUCAAGCUUGUGUACCAAGACUUGGAAUUGCACCAAACGACAUUCCGCUGUGCCGCUGCGCGCCUUUGCGAACCUGGGUCGCGCUUUUAAUUUUUUUCUUUUAUCAAGGUACUCUACUUUCAUGUGCUCCGACAGCAGUAAAAAUCAAUUGAAAGCGUGACCUGGAUUCGAAAGGCUUCGCAAACGCACGCAGCGGAACAGCGGAAUGUCGUUCCGUGAAAGUUCAAGUCGUGGCACACAGACUAUUAUGGAACAAACUACAGACACUAAAGAUCGUUUCCAACCGGGCAACCCACUCUUUGAUCAAUAUUUUAUGAAUUUUAGUAUUUUUUUUCUCAACAGAUCCUUCUUCGGAUGACUUGAAACUCGGACAGCGCGAAAAGGCCGGCAUGGGUCCCGUGUCCGUCGGGGGCUUCUGUCCCACUUGCGUUAGUUUGCCCAUUUCGUGACAUUUCACUCAAGAGGGAUCUUUCAGCAGCAAGGCACUCUUUGCAGCGAGCGCGACCAGACCUGCUUCUUAAUCGUCAUUCUUCUUUCGGUUCUACUCUUCCCCUAUGGAUUAUUUUCGCUCAUGUGCAUCCGCAAGAAGUUGGUUUGCAACUCUUGCCGCGCCACUUUCGACCAACCGAAAUGAAGCGGAUUCUUCUUUUUUGUGUUUUUUUUUGUUCCAGAUGCGUUCUUAGUUUCCAGUUCCUAAUUUUGUUAUCGGCUGUAGAGGUGCUCAGGUGAGCUCUGGGAAGGUGAUCAGCAGAAAGUUGAAGGUGAAUAGAAACUAGAAGGCCUUGGGAAGGUGUUCAGAAGGUAGUUGGAUGGUGAAAACUCGAAAAUGUCUGUUAGAAGCUUUUCAACAGGCUUCUGAAAGGCGAGUGGAAAGUAGUGGGAAGCGUUUACUGGAAAGGCGGGACGCGUAGCGUGUGCGUUCGCGGUUCUUGGCACCAAUUCGAUUUAACCGCCCGACUGGAGCUGGAGCAGGAGCUGGUGCUGGCUCAUUGUACACAGGAGCUGGAACUGGAGCUGGAACGGGAGCUGGAGCAGGUCCAGGCUCAUUGUACCCAGAGUCUUGGUGCUUGA